UCCGGGAGCUGCUCGUUCCUGCAGGCUCGGCCGGUGGCCGCUGUCCGGCACUGGGUUCCCGGCGCGGCGAGGCGGAGAGGCCCGGGCCCGGCGCCGCCCGCGCAGCCCUUGGUCGCGGCCGCCGGCGCUGCACCGCGGCGGGGGGCGGGGCCGGCUGCCGGGGAGGCCCGGGGGGCUGGGGAGCCUCCCGGCCCGGCCGGGUGACACGGGCUGGGGCUCCGGCCGCAGCCACAGUGGCCCGGCCGCCGCGUGACUGGCCGCAGUCACGCUGUGCUUAAUCACAAUUAGCUUGUGCUCCGGGCUGGCCGCGCUCCCAUUUCUCCCAGCCGGUGACCCCGGGGAUUUCUCUUAUGGUGGCUUUCUCUGAAAUGCCAAAACCACCCGAUUAUUCAGAACUGAGUGACUCUUUAACGCUUGCCGUGGGAACAGGAAGAUUUUCGGGACCAUUGCACAGAGCAUGGAGAAUGAUGAACUUCCGUCAGAGGAUGGGAUGGAUUGGAGUGGGAUUGUAUUUGUUAGCAAGUGCAGCAGCAUUUUACUAUGUUUUUGAAAUCAAUGAGACUUACAACAGGCUGGCCUUGGAACACAUUCAGCAGCACCCGGAAGAGCCCCUUGAAGGAACCACAUGGACACACUCCUUGAAAGCUCGGUUACUCUCCCUGCCGUUUUGGUUUUGGACAAUUAUUUUUCUGAUCCCUUAUUUACAGAUGUUUUUGUUCCUUUAUUCUUGUACAAGAGCUGACCCCAAAACGGUGGGCUAUUGUAUUAUCCCCAUAUGCUUGGCAGUUAUUUGCAAUCGCCACCAGGCAUUUGUCAAGGCUUCUAAUCAGAUCAGCAGACUACAACUGAUUGACACGUAAAAUCAAGUAAAAUCAAAUCGGUCACCGUUUUUCCUUACAAUACAAAACUGCCAGUGCUAUAUGGAACCUGAUCACAAGACUGCAGUUUCUUCACAGAUCUCAGGAAGUUGUGGUGGGGCAGAGGCUUUCUAAAAAGUGUGACCAGGGGGCUCUCUUUAUCGGAAUAAUAGUGACUUUUUAAAUGAAGCCUGAGAUACAGUACUACAGAAUCAUGUUGAUGACUUCAGCUUUUGGAAGUAAAAUCGUGUCUGUUAUUUGCAUUCUUUAGAAACUUGAAUAAGUACCCGAACUCCUAUUUUUAUUCUACUGUGCAACAUAGUGAUGAUUCAGAAAUUUUUCCUUUGGGGAAGAAAAUAAAUAUGAAAAUUUCCAUUGUGCUUAAUGUAAAAAGGUCCAAACAUGGUCAUAAAAUUUAAAUUUUAUACAGUUACCUGGCUUGCUUUAAAAUUCUUCAAACUAAAACACCAGUUCAACCUUGUAAACUAAGCCAACUAUUUAUGCUUGCUUGCUAUCAGUUUGUGAGAAAUUGGCAUACAAUUAUUGAGGUGAUGGCUGUCUUGAUAAACAAAGUUUGUGCUUCCUUUUGGUAAGGCUACUGGCAUUAUCAGCAUUAUUAAUGCCUUUGGUUUUUUAAAAAUUACUUAGGAAGAAACUCAAUGUUUGGAAGUUGAGAAAUCUCACACACGGAAGAUGGAAACGAGGUGUUCAGUGAAAAUAUUUCGUCCAGCCUCUGUCAGAUGUGUGACACCACUCUAACAUCCUACCAGGUCAUCAGCCUUGUGAGUUUCUUCUCUGGCCUAAGGUCCAGUCUUCAGGCAACAGGUCAAUUGCAUGAAGAUGUGAUCCUUGUACUUCCUCCUUUGCAUUUGUACUUCCUACCUCAUGUCUGGUACCAAUACAAAUAACUAAAACAUGGAAAUCUCA